AUGCUUUCAGUCCGCGUCCCGCUCGGCACCAUUGACCACCAGCAGCUUCAGCUUUCUCCCAUGAAAGGGCUUAGCCUGGCAGACAAGGAGAAUACGCCUCCAUCCCUCAGCAGUACUCGUGUUCUGGCGAGCAAGGCCGCGAGGAAGAUCUUCCAGGAGUCGGACACAAACGUUCCUGCCUCCACCGUAGAGGAUGAACCAUUGCUGAGAGAAAAUCCUCGGCGCUUUGUCGUCUUUCCUAUUGAAUACCAUGAUAUUUGGCAGAUGUACAAGAAAGCUGAGGCUUCCUUUUGGACCGCGGAGGAGGUGGAUCUUUCUAAGGACAUUCAGCACUGGGAAGCCCUGAAGCCUGAGGAGAGAUACUUCAUAUCACAUGUACUGGCGUUCUUUGCAGCAAGUGAUGGCAUAGUGAAUGAAAACUUGGUGGAGCGAUUUAGCCAAGAAGUUCAAAUUACAGAAGCCCGCUGUUUCUAUGGCUUCCAAAUUGCCAUGGAAAACAUACAUUCUGAAAUGUAUAGUCUCCUUAUUGACACUUACAUUAAAGAUUCUAAGGAAAGGGAAUUUCUCUUUAAUGCCAUUGAAACGAUGCCUUGUGUAAAGAAGAAGGCAGAUUGGGCCUUGCGCUGGAUUGGGGACAAAGAAGCUACCUAUGGGGAGCGUGUUGUAGCCUUUGCAGCAGUGGAAGGAAUCUUCUUUUCUGGUUCUUUUGCAUCAAUAUUCUGGCUCAAGAAGCGAGGACUAAUGCCUGGUCUGACAUUUUCUAAUGAACUUAUUAGCAGAGAUGAGGGUUUGCACUGUGACUUUGCCUGUCUAAUGUUCAAACACCUGCUACACAAACCUUCAGAGCAGAGAGUAAAAGAAAUAAUUAUUAAUGCUGUUAGGAUAGAACAGGAGUUCCUUACUGAGGCCUUGCCUGUGAAGCUUAUCGGAAUGAAUUGCAAUUUAAUGAAGCAGUACAUUGAAUUUGUGGCAGACAGACUAAUGCUGGAACUGGGUUUUAAUAAGGUUUUCAAAGUAGAAAAUCCAUUUGACUUCAUGGAGAAUAUUUCACUGGAAGGGAAGACUAACUUCUUUGAGAAGAGAGUAGGCGAAUAUCAGAGGAUGGGAGUGAUGUCAAGUCCUACAGAGAAUUCUUUUACCUUGGAUGCUGACUUCUAA